CACUGUUUCGCUAUCGUAUAGCUGUGACUUAGCUCCUCUCGAUUCUCCCGUACAACGACUUGACAACCAGUUUGGCUCCCUUCUUGGAAACAGACCGUGAUGGUCAACUAUACCUGUAACAGGCUUUUGCGCACUUUCAGGUCCACUUGUGCACCAUUAACAGUCAUUAUCUGUUUCUCCUGCCUCCUCACAUUCAUUUUUAUACUAUCUCAACCUUCACCGGGCCCAGGACUCAUACAAAGACUAGGCUGGCAAUCUUGGGAACUUGUAUCUACUCCAGAUGACUCAAAAGCGUCAUCGACUGCUAACCACACCGAUACGACGACCGACAAAGGGCAUGGUUCAAACGUACCAGAGGGAGUUGACUGGUGGGAUACGUCCACAGAGAGCGAAACGAUAGAUUACACAAGCUUACCACUGGACAAAUGGGCGCCACUGCUACCUCAUGAUACUGGUCUUUCUGAAAUCGCCGUUACGCAUUGCGUUUUCGACCCUGAUAGAGUACCCGAGGAACUUUGUUCCCCACCGACGACGAAAGAGUUGGAUGGGAUCCAUGGGAAGUGGGUUCGUGUUGACAGAAACGUGAAUUUGGAGACAGGGUAUUUUUCAGGAUAUCUAAACAUUUAUUACCGUCGGACGCGACGACAAGAUAUCAAUCUUAUUGCAAAUAUAACACUAUUGCCAGAAAACACGGAACCUUGGCCUGUUGAAGGAUGGAAGAGGGCAAGCACAUCACUGAGAACGGGUUGGCGAGCACCACCUCUCUAUCUUUGGUACUAUGCAGUCAAAACUGCAUCACAGAUGACUGCAGAAGAACGAGCGGACUUGAUCACUGAGAUGGAUGUUUUGUAUGGAGACGAUGUGCCUUGGUACGGAUUUGAGAAACUGGAUCCACCUACGUUGGCUGCAGAACCUGGUAAAGUAGAAAGCACUCGGAUCAUCAUUCGCCGUGGUGUUAAGAUCCCUCCCCGUGCUCCACCACUUCACUUUUCACGCGAUGGAAAAUUUAAGAUCCUACAAGUUGCAGAUCUUCAUUAUUCAGUCUCCGUGGGCAAGUGCCAGAACGUCCGCUUCUCCCCCUGUUCGGCAUCCGACAACCUCACCUCUACACUUCUCUCACGAAUCCUUGACGCGGAAAAACCCGAUCUGGUCGUCUUCACAGGUGACCAGCUCAAUGGUCAAGACACCUCAUGGGAUCCCAAAUCAGUUCUAGCGAAGUUUGCGAGGUCUGUCACGGACAGGAAAAUUCCAUGGGCAGCUGUCUUUGGUAACCAUGAUUCUGAGAUCGGUGCAAAUCGAGAGGAACAGAUGAAGUUGAUGCAGGCCUUGCCGUACAGUCUGGCGGAACGUGGUCCCAAAGAUAUUAGUGGAGUGGGAAAUUAUGUCUUGAAAGUGAAGAGUGCUGAUCCGUCCAAGACCCAUAUACUUACUCUCUACUUCCUUGACUCCGGUUCAUAUUCUAAGGGUGUAUUUGAUUGGUUGGGCUUCUUCAGGGGAACCGAAUAUGAUUGGAUUCAUCAAGAUCAGAUUGAUUGGUUCUUACAAGAGUCGAGCAGAAUCGACCCAAUUGAACGCCCCUUCCAUCCAGAUGGUGCUAAGGACCUUGGGAACGUAUGGAAGCGUCAAGACCAGAUCACACCAGACACCCGACGACUUGCCAAGCCGAAUGCGUUGAUGUUUUUCCACAUUCCUUUGCCAGAAGCCUAUAGCCGUGCAGACCGCGACCCUCGAACGAAUAGCCCUUUGGACAUCGGCAUCCACGGUAAUGAGCAGCAGGGAAGUGCCAAAGGCAACGACGGAUUCUUCGAGAAGGGCUUGUUGAAAGCUAUGGAAAGUGAUCAUGUCACGAGUUCUACGCUCGAAGUGAAGGCUGUCGCGAACGGCCAUUGCCAUAUCACCGAGAACUGCAGACGUGUGAAAGGGAUUUGGAUGUGUUUUGGUGGCGGUGGCUCCUACUCUGGCUACGGGAAGAUUGGAUUCGACCGAAGAUUCAGGGUGUAUGACAUCUCGAACUAUGGUGAAACGAUUACUACAUACAAAAGAACGGAAUCGGAAUCGGAUGAAGUGAUCAAUAAGCAGAUUCUUACUGGCCUUGGUGCCGUUCCUUUGUAGAGCUUACUUGGGGGAAAUUAAAUUUCCGGAGAGGACAUUGUACCUAUUAGUACUGUAUAGCGCGAGGAAUAUCAAUGCCAUGAAACACCGA